AUGCCCAAAGCAGAAGUGCCAGCACCCACUGAGCCCGCGACGCAAAGUCCGCAAAAGAGCGGUAAAGCCGGCUGCUCCUCUGCGCCAGUGCCAGAUCCAGCCCGAGACGUCCGGCUGCAGGUUCGACUGAUCCUGAAUGGACACAGGGCAACGGACUUCUUUCGCAUACCUGCCAAUAGAGGUCGAUCAAUGGCCGAGAUACUGCAGUGGUUGAAAAGAUACAUGUAUGCGCACAAUCAACGGCUCUGGUACAUUUUUGGGGGACUCUUCUUCGACGACGACCACCCUCCAUUAUUCAUCCUGCAACAGACAGUUCGGAAGCGGAAGAAAGACCGGGAACGUUUCAUCGGGAUCCCGUACACCAACAAUCCGGGCUUCAGCGCCUGGUUCACGGACCACGUCUCAUCGGGGAUCUCGGCCAAGUCUGAUUUGAAAAUCGAGAUCCGCGUGUCCAACUAUCACACGAGAGGCGAACUGGUCGAGCGCGGCUCGCCGGAGCGGCCGCGGAAGAAGCGGGCUAAGGCCGACUGGUGUCUGCGCAGAUACCUGCGCUUCGCCGCCGAGUUCGAGGAAGACGACCUGGAUGAGCAGAUGGAGAAGGAUCGCAAGCUCCGCGAGGUGGGCCUUCUGCCGUCAAUGGAUGAUGGGGAAGAAUACGAGCACUACAAGCCCAAGGAGUGGCCGUACGCUUGCUCCACCCUCGCCCUUUUCGGGCCCUACCGCGGUCGGAAGUACUGUGCAUCUUGGGACCACGAGGACGACACGGACGACGAAUACUCCGGGCGAUGGGAGGAGAUUGACGAGGACUGA